AUGCCAAAAAAAUUUGUGGGUGAAAAUUCGAAAUCAGCUGCAGCUCGAGUUCGUAAAGAAGCUAUAAAAAAAGAAGAACAGGAACGAAAAAAACAAGCUGAAGAAGAUGCUUAUUGGCAAGAUGACGAUAAAGCAGUGAUGAAGAAACAGCAAAGAAAGGAAGAAGCCGAAAGGAAGCGAAUGGAAGCGGCACAAAGGAAGCAAGAAAAUCGUCAAGCUUAUGAUAAAGAAAUGGAUGCAAUUGGAGGAUACACUCCCUCACGGUCUGCCUUUACAAAGAUGACCCAAGCAACUAUAACAAAUCGACGGCUAAUACAACAACAGAAAGAAGAAAAAGAACAGGAGAGAAUUCUUCGAGAACGAAGGAUUCAAGUUGUGGAUGAAAAUCUCGAAGAGAACGUUAAUCAGCUUGUGAUUGAUGGCGAAGUCGCGAGGUCAGUCACUGAUGCUAUCAAUAUUUUAUCUAUCGACAAACCAGAUUUUGAUCGUCAUCCUGAGAAAAGAAUGAAGGCAGCUUAUCAGGAUUUCGAGGAAAAGAUGUUACCUCGUCUCAAAGAAGAACAUCCAACCUUCCGCCUUUCUCAACUAAGGCAAUUAUUGAAAAAAGACUGGCAAAAAUCUCCAGAAAAUCCUUUAAAUCAGCGUCAAAAAACUAUUGUAUGA